AUGUACAUAAAGCUUGAAACAACAAGGGUUGAUUACUUUAGAAAUAAACAAUCAGAAAUCAAAGCAGAGUUAUUCCAAGGCAUUGUCGACAGUGUGGCUGUCGGCGAAGCAAAUGCAAGCCAAGUGGGCAAAAGAAUAGUUCUUCCAUCAUCAUUCAUAGGUGGUCCUAGAGACAUGCGUCGCAAAUACCUUGAUGCAAUGUCAUUAGUACAACGAUUUGAAAAGCCAGAUCUUUUUAUAACAAUGACAUGUAAUCCAGAAUGUGAAGAGAUCAUUGAGCAACUACAUCCAGGCCAAAGCCAUAAUGACAGGCCAGACCUAACCUCAAGGAUAUUUCGAGCAAAGCUCCAAGACUUGAAAGAUCAACUAUUUAAGAAGGGGAUCUUUGGGAAAGUUUUAGCACAUGUUCAUGUGAUUGAGUUUCAAAAAAGAAGGCUACCACAUGCACAUAUAUUAAUAAUUCUUAUUGGAGAUCACAAGAUCACAUCAUCAGAUCAGUAUGAUAAAUAUGUAUCUACAGAAAUUCCAGACCGAAACACCGAUCCUCUAUGA